AACAUGGCGCACGGAGCGGUGCAUACUCCAGUGGUUUUCAUCUCUUCUAUCUCUUCAUUCACCGCGUUGUGUUUGUCCGUUUUAGUCGCUUUUGCAGUAUUUAACACAGUAAACGGAGACAAUGUGUUCAGCGCCAGUCACACGACCACCGGACCGAUGGCUGCAGCCAGAGAUCUACGGUAUCUUUUGUAUGACGUGAACCCUCCAGAGGGUUUCAACCUGCGGAGAGACGUCUACAUCCGCAUGGCGUCCCUGGUGAAGACUCUGAGGAAGGAGGGCGAUGACUGGGUGUUGGUGCUGCCCCCGUGGGGUCGCCUCUACCACUGGCAGAGCUCCAACAUCCACCAGAUUCGCGUCCCCUGGGGAGAGUUCUUCAGCCUCACCAGCCUGCAGGCCAAUGUGCCGGUCAUUGAGUAUGAGGAAUUCAUUGCAGAGAAUGGAGGCCCCUUCAUAGACCAGGUUCUAGUUCUGCAGAACUACGCUGAGGGAUGGACCGACGGGAAAUGGGAGGAAAAAGUAGAUGAGCGGCCGUGCAUCGACAAGUUAAUGUACUCUAAAGACAAACAUGGCUUCUACAGGGGCUGGUUCUGGGGCUACGAGGAGACAAGAGCUCGAAAUGUAACAUGUAUAUCAGCCCAGGGCCACGCCUCCAUCAUGGCCCCGGUUCUUCAGGAGAACAUCACAGUGACAUCAGUGAUGCUUGACAGAGCGGAGACACUCCUUCAUGAUCACUAUGCUGGGAAGGAUUACUGGGAUACCCGUCGCAGUAUGGUUUUCGCCAAACACCUGAGACUCAUAGGAGACGACUUCAGAGCUAAAUAUCUGAACUCCACAGACGACAGGGACCGCACCGUCUACAGUGAAGACUGGACGCGCAUGAAAGCCAAACUGGGCUCAGCUAAAGGUGGUCCUUAUCUGGGGGUCCACCUGCGCAGGAAGGACUUUAUCUGGGGUCACCGAGAGGACGUCCCCAGCCUUAAAGGGGCGGCGAAAAAAAUACGCAGUUUGAUGAAGAAGCAUAAACUCGACACUGUGUUUGUUGCGACAGAUGCAGAUGAGGAAGAAUUGAAGGAGCUGAAAAGGUUGUUGCCAGACAUGGUGCGCUAUGAGCCGUCCAAGGAGGACCUGGAGCUCUUUAAAGAUGGAGGCGUGGCCAUCAUUGACCAGUGGAUAUGUGCCCAUGCCAGAUUCUUCAUAGGAACAUCAGUGUCCACCUUCUCUUUCCGGAUCCAUGAAGAGAGGGAGAUCUUGGGUUUUGACCCCAAAACUACAUACAAUCGUUUCUGUGGGGACACUGAGAAAGAAUGUGAACAACCCACACACUGGAAGAUAGUUUAUUGAUGUGACCUCUCCCUUUACUGACACACACACACACACACACACACACACACACACACACACACACACACACACAGAAGUGCCACAAGCAGUGUUAAAAGUGACAUUUAUUUGUAUGGAUUAUACAGGAUAUUUUAAUUGUUUUACGGUGUAUUUUUUUACUGUUGUUGGUUUCAGAGUUGUGCAAUCAGGUCUUUAGUGACCACUGUGACUGAAUUUCAUGCUUCAAAUAUCAAGAAUGGGCUGCCAAACAAGUGUUACUGUCAUGUUCAACAAGUAAAUCUGCUAAUAUUUUUUAAAGGUUGUGUGUUGAAUGCGGAUCCUUCAUGACAGCCUGGUGUUUUUUAAGUGAUUUCUGAUAUUUAUUACCAGUAACACUGGUGAAAAAUAGUGUCUUAUGAUGAACGGACCAGAAGCAUUAAUGGGAUUAUUUAGUGUUGCAUUUUGUGAGAUUUAAAGAUGUUGAACAUCUACAUUUAAGAUAUUCUUUUUUUUAUCAGAUACAAUUAGGGCUGGGCGAUAUGGACCAAAAGUCAUAUCCUGAUAUAUUUAGGCUGAAUAUCGAUAUAUGAUAUAUAUCCUGAUAUUUUUAUCACAAUGUGAGAGCAAAUGUUCAGUUAAAGCUAAAUAUGACAUGUGACAAGUAUUUUUAUUGAAGCCAUUUA